AUGACCCACUGCGCCUGGUUUGACGUUAACCUUGAAGAAUGGUGGACGCGGUUCGCCUUCGAUCCCACCGUCCACUCGUGGAACCCUGAGGACCCACUCAAGACAGGAGCCGUCUGCGCCGGUCGCCGCCUGAGGACGGCGACCGCGCCCGUGGAGCUGGCAAAGUCGAAUCUGACUCCAGGUGUUGGCAGGACCAUCCUCGACAUCCUCACGAACAAACUGGCGGUGCCGCGACAACCGAAGUCGCCCACACCCACGCCCGUGCCUGCGGCUGCCCCCGGAUUCGCCAUCUCCUCCGGCUCGGUCGCCUCGUCAUUUCUGAGUGUCGUCGUCGCAAACCAUACAUCGCAACCUACGCUACCCGCCAUCUCGAGCAACCUCCAUGCCCCGCGGGUUCCGGUUCCGUCGGCACAUCUGCUCCAAGUUGUCGCGAGCAAGAUCGCGCUCCGGAACAUCAACAUUCUCCAGAAGCACUGGGACGCACUGGCGAACAAGAUGCGGGUCUUCUGCAAGUGCAACGAUCUGGCACUCGAAGCGGCCAAGGUCGAGAAGUUGGGCAUCAUUCUCCGGCUCGCGAUGGAGAGCAACGUGGACCCGCUCCUGAGCGAGCUCUACGGGCGCAUCGGUUCGAUUGAAGUGGAGGCUGAGGUCGACGUCGACUUUGUGAGGAGGAGCAUCAAGGCGAUUGGACAGACGGCGAUCGACGACAGCGUCACUAGAGCAGCGAUGUCAGCAUGCCUGUGA